AUGGUAAUCAAAGAAGCAGAAAAAAAUAAAGUAAAGCAAGCACGUAAUCGGAAGUAUAAGACAUUAAUCAAGAAUCAAUUCAAGAAAAUUGAGGUUUAUUUACAAAAACAAAAAGGCAACGAGAGCGCAGUUUCAGUGCAACAAAAAGGAUUAGAAAAUCUGAUUGCUGAAACACAAAAAGUAUUAGACAAGGCCAAAAAUAAAAAAAUAAUUCAUCCGAGAAAACGUGACCGCAAAAAAAGACAAUUAUAUAACAGCCUUAAUAAAUUAAGAGUCACAAAAGAAAAAGGUCGGGCUAUGAUUACUCCCAAGUUAAUUAAAAGAUUAGCCGAAAAAUUAGCCAUCUCCGAAGAAGAGUUAUACGAUAUCUGUCGGGGUAAAAUAAAUGAUUUUUCUCUAUCUCGUCUAAUGAGUUAUUUGGAAAAAUUACCUCUUGAGUAUGAAUUGUUGGUAAUUGAUAAGCAACAAAGGGAGUCAAAGUGA